CGCCACGAUGAGGCUCUACAGCCUAAGUGUCCUUUACAAAGGUGACCCCAAAGUGCAUUUACUGAAAGCUGCUUACGACGUGUCCACCUUCAACUUCUUCCAGAGGUCCAGCGUGCAGGAAUUCAUGACCUUCACGAGCCAGCUGAUUGUGGAGCGCUCGGAGCUGGGCAGCAGAGCCUCCGUCAAGGAGCAAGAGUACCUCUGCCACGUGUACGUCCGGAACGACGGGCUGGCCGGAGUGGUGAUCGCAGAUAACGAGUAUCCACAGCGGGUUUGCUUCACCUUGCUGGACAAGGUGCUGGAUGAAUUCUCCUGGCAGGUCAGCAAAAUAGACUGGCCUUCGGGAUCCCCAGCGACAAUCAGCUGCGCCUUGGAUGGAUACCUCAGUAAAUACCAGAACCCCCGUGAUGCCGACCCGAUGACCAGAGUGCAGGCGGAGCUGGAUGAGACCAAAAUCAUCCUGCACAACACCAUGGAGUCGCUGCUGGAACGAGGGGAGAAGCUGGACGACUUGGUCUCCAAAUCGGAGGUGCUCGGGGCACAGUCCAAAGCCUUCUACAAAACUGCCCGAAAGCAGAACUCCUGCUGUGAAAUCAUGUGACGCGGACCCCAGGGUCUCCUGUUCCAGACCACCAGGCCUUCGCUCCCCUUCGGACCUCACCCAGGACAGAAAGCAGAAGCCCGGGCGGAUUCCCAGGCCUGGGCUGCACUGCGGAGGCCAGGGACGGGACAGGGCCUCCUCGGUGCCGCGGUUUUACGUGACUUUUGGUUUUUUUUUCAUCUCGAGGGGAUGCCGAGGCCGGCAUCGGGCUGGCACCCUGUGGGAUGGGGGGAGUGUUGGAGACCCGCCGCCCUCACUUUUCCCCAGGGUGACUUGGACCAUGGGGCGCCCGGCCGUGCGCCCACCCUUGCCUUUACACCUGUAACACUAGCCAGCACCUCGGCGUCCCGGCACUGCCGGCCCCGGAGGAGUCAGGGAGAGAGGAGCUGGGGCUCCCCGCUGUGAUGCGUGGGGCUGCUUAGGGGGAGCUGGGGAGGGGGUCUUUUAUGUAUUUGUGUCCUUAGAGCGAGCCUGGGGGGUGGGAGAGGGGUGGGAAGGGAAGAAGAGGUGCUUUCCUCUGGUGGGGGAUGCUUGCUGCUGGGUUAUCACCCGUUGCCUCCCUGGGCGGCUUUUCCCAGUGCCGGUGAACUGGAAGCUGUGGCCUCUGUCCCUGGGGAAGGGGCAGGACCGAGGGGGUUACGGGGGGGGGGGGGGGUCACCUCUGGGCCCCUUCCCUUGCUUCAGUGGGGGGAUGUGGAAAAGAGCCGGGGUGGGCUUGGGCAGCCUACACUCCCUGUGGCCCCCCUAUCCCCCUGGCUGGUUUGGGGAGGGGCGGUCUGUCCCCCAUUGCUCCAGCUGCAGAUGUGUCUGAGGCCCCCCCCCCCCCACACACACACUCCCAGUUUACCAGCUGCCAGGUGGGGAAAGGGAAGCUGGGGCAGCACUGGGCUGGCUGGAGACCAGCCCCAGUGCUUGGGUCCCAGGGCCGGGGCUGGGGGCAGCCGGGGGGGGCUCACCUGGCUUCCCUGCGCCUCACAGCCCACCCCUCCCCGCUCCCAUCAGCCUGGGGUGUGGGGGGGCAACAGCGCCUGCCGGGUGCCCAACAGCCCUCGCUGCCUCCUCCUUCGGAAGGGAGAAAGCUUUCGCUUGAGACUGUAUCGUGAUCAGUGUUGCCUAUCGUUUCUGUGCCACUGGCCGCACCGGCCAGGCAGGGAUAAAGUUGUUUUUGGCAGUUGU